ACCAUAGACCAAAUUAAAGCACCGUAUGAUUAAACACAAAAGAUCUUAUGAUGCACUGUCCACACCACACUGUCUUUCUCCUCAACGCCAUCAUCUCUUUGUUCUUGGUUCCUACCACCAGCGCAACAAUUUCAAUAUUUCAUUUAAUGCAUCUAAUUGAACCUGAAUGUUUCGAAAUUCACAAACCCUAGCAAAAACCAGAACUCACUUCACCGCGAUUGCCUCAGAAGCCAAAUUCCUGCUGCAACCGUGAAUUGAAAAAUUCACCACCUCACUCACGGAAUUCAUUUUCAACUUGCAUCAGAAACUACAACUUUAAGUCGCAGCACUGAGAGCUUUUCAUUCCCUUGUCGCGCUAAUUUCAUUUCAUUGAUUUUAUAAAGCCAAAAUCUAAGCCCGUGAUGCGGUGGACAAGGCAAAGAGAAGCAAACUAUGUGAAGAGAAGCUUGUUCUGAAUUUGGUAACGGAAAGGUUCAUUAAGGUUAAGUUUGGAAAAUGAGGCGAAGAGCAACAGAUUUUCGGAGGCCAGUGCGGAGAAGGGUUCCUGAUGCGUUGUGGUGGGCAUUGUGCUUUGCAGUGAUUCUUCUCUUUAUCUAUAUUCUGACCAAAGGGACUCAGAUUGAGUCUAGACCGGCUUUGUCCAAGAGAACUUACCAAAAUGAUAGGAUUCUGGAAGGCCUUAAUAUUACUGACGAGUUGUUAAGUUCAGACUCAGUGACCAGACAACUGAAUGAUCAGAUAUCCUUAGCAAAAGCUUUUGUUGUAAUUGCUAAAGAAAGUAACAAUCUCCAAUUUGCUUGGGAACUAAGUGCUCAGAUCCGCAAUUCGCACAUUCUCCUAUCAAAUGCUGCUACUAGGCGUUCUCCUUUAACUACCAGAGAAUCAGAAAGUGCUAUCCGUGAUAUGGCGUUAUUGUUAUUCCAGGCCCAACAGCUCCAUUAUGACAGUGCAACCAUGAUCAUGAGAUUCAAAGCAAAUAUCCAGGCUCUUGAAGAACAAAUGAAUUCUGUAAGUGAAAAGAGUUCAAAAUAUGGACAAAUAGCGGCAGAAGAAGUCCCCAAAAGCUUAUACUGUCUUGGUGUGCAGUUGACAACAGAAUGGUUCAGAAACCUUAAUUUGCAAAACAAAUUGAAGGACAAAAGGCACACCGAGAUGAAGAUUAAGGAUAUAAAUCUUUACCACUUUUGUGUGUUCUCUGAUAACAUUAUUGCAACUUCGGUCGUAGUCAAUUCAACUGCAAAAAAUUCAAAAAAUCCCAAUAUGAUUGUUUUUCACCUUGUGACUGAUGAAAUAAAUUAUGCUGCGAUGAAGGCGUGGUUUACCAUGAAUGAUUUCCGUGGGGUGACUGUGGAAGUUCAGAAGUAUGAAGAUUUCACUUGGUUAAAUGCUUCAUAUGUUCCUGUGCUUAAGCAACUUCAAGACUCAGAGAUACAGAGCUACUACUUUUCUGGGAGCAGUGAUAAUGGAAAGACACCUAUCAAGUUUCGUAACCCCAAAUAUCUGUCCAUGCUUAACCACCUGAGGUUCUAUAUCCCUGAAGUUUUUCCUGCACUGAAGAAGAUUGUGUUCCUGGAUGACGAUGUCGUGGUUCAAAAGGAUCUUUCUGAUCUUUUUUCAAUUGAUUUGAAUGGGAAUGUUAAUGGAGCUGUUGAGACAUGCAUGGAGACAUUUCAUAGAUACCAUAAAUACUUGAACUAUUCUCAUCCUCUUAUAAAAGCACAUUUUGAUCCGGAUGCAUGCGGAUGGGCAUUUGGGAUGAAUGUAUUUGAUUUGGUUGAAUGGAGGAAAAAGAAUGUAACUGGCAUCUACCACUAUUGGCAAGAAAAUAAUGUUGAUCGGACACUGUGGAAACUCGGUACCUUGCCACCAGGACUGUUGACGUUUUACGGAUUAACCGAGCCUUUGGAUCCGUCGUGGCAUGUAUUGGGUUUCGGCUACACAAACGUUGAUCCUCAGUUAAUAGAGAGAGGGGCAGUACUGCACUUCAAUGGGAACUCCAAACCUUGGUUGAAGAUUGGGAUUGAAAAAUACAAGCCCCUAUGGGAAAAACAUAUUGAUUACUCUCAUCCCUUAUUGCAGCAAUGCAACUUUCAUUGAUUUUGAAUUGAGCUUUAUUUAUUUGAACUUCAAAGUUCAAACCUUGGUGGAAGAUCUGGAUUCACAAGCAGUAGACCCAGUUGGUGUGUUUGGGAAUAUACCAUUGACCAUUCCAAACCUCGAUUGCGACAGUGAAACCAUUAUUGACUUGUGGAGCUGGGAGGCUUAGUGAUCUUUAGAUGCAAAAUCCAACGGAGGUAUUCAUUUUUGUAGUAGAAAACACGCUUACAAUUUUAAAAGGUCAAGCAUGUUUGGUGGCUAUAACAUGGUGUCUUCAUGGAGUCUGGAUCUUCAGUUGUAGUAUAUCCAUUCAUUUCUCUUAGACAACAUCAGUUCAUAGUGUUUUUGUGAUUUUAGUCAGUUGAAAUCUGCUGUAAACUUUUUUUUUGUCAACUAGUACCACCACCAUUACCACUAUUGUUCA